UCUCUCUCUCUCUCUCUCUCUCUCUCUCUCUCUCUCUCUCUCUCUCUCUCUCUCUCUCUCUUUCUCAUUCUCUUUCUAAAAAUUUCCCGGGAAAGCGUUUUCUCGGAGAAAUCAUGGAUAAGUUUCAGAACCGGUACACGAGAUUCGGAUUCGUUUCGAUUUGUAUCGGAUCGAUCGCGCUCGUUGUAUUGUUAUCUCGUUGCUCGACUUCGUUCUUCGAUUACUCUCUCCAGAAAUUCGAAUUCUCGUUCCCAGACACUGAGCUUCUCCGAAGAAACGUUUACACUACUAACGCCGGCGUCGUCGUCGAUUCUCGCGAUGUUUCUCAACAGAUCCUCUCUCUCCGAUCUACUACUAAUUCCUCUGUAACAUUACAGAGUAAACCGGAAAAACUAAACCGGAGAGAUUUAGUGGAAGAAGGAUUAGCGAAAGCAAGAGCUUCGAUUCUAGAAGCUUCUUCUUCUUCGAAUCGUAACAAUACUACUACUACAUUGUUCAAAAUCGAUCUUCCAAACCCAGACAUUUAUCGUAAUCCUUCAGCUUUACAUCGGAGUUACUUGGAAAUGGAGAAGAGGUUUAAGGUGUAUGUAUACGAAGAAGGUGAGCCACCUUUAGUUCACGAUGGACCGUGUAAGAGUGUGUACGCGGUUGAAGGGAGGUUUAUAACGGAGUUGGAGAAAAGGAAGACGAGGUUUCGUACCUACGAUCCGAGCCAAGCUUAUGUUUACUUUUUGCCGUUUAGUGUUUCUUGGCUGGUUCGGUACUUAUACGAAGGCAACUCUAAUGCUGAGCCUUUGAGAACGUUCGUUUCUGAUUAUAUUAGAUUGGUUUCUACUAAUCAUCCUUUUUGGAACCGUACUAAUGGAGCUGAUCACUUCAUGCUUGCUUGUCACGAUUGGGGGCCUCUCACUUCCAAAGCUAAUAAGGAUCUAUUCAACACAUCGAUUCGAGUUAUGUGUAAUGCUAAUUCAUCAGAAGGGUUUAACCCUGCAAAAGACGUGACUCUUCCUGAGAUCAAACUCUAUGGUGGUGUAGUUGAUCCCAAGCUCAGGUUAUCUAAAACCCUAUCCGCUUCUCCGCGGCCUUACCUCGGGUUCUUCGCAGGUGGUGUCCACGGUCCUGUCAGACCGAUCCUUUUAAAACACUGGAAACAGCGUGACCCGGAUAUGCCUGUAUAUGAAUACCUUCCUAAACACUUAAACUACUACGAUUUCAUGAGAAGUUCAAAGUUCUGUUUCUGUCCCAGUGGCUAUGAGGUAGCUAGCCCUAGAGUUACUGAAGCCAUCUACUCCGAGUGUAUCCCCGUCAUUCUCUCUGUUAACUUUGUGUUGCCCUUCACUGAUGUUCUUCGUUGGGAGACCUUCUCUGUUCUGGUCGACGUUUCAGAUAUUCCGAGGUUGAAGGAGAUUCUCAUGUCGAUCUCUGAUGAGAAAUACGAAUGGCUUAAACGUAACUUGCGGUCUGUGAGGAGACAUUUCGAGCUUAAUGAUCCUCCUAAGAGGUUUGAUGCGUUUCACUUGACUCUUCACUCUAUUUGGUUACGUAGACUUAACUUGAUGCUUACGUAAGGAUGAUGACCACUCGUAGGUAAUAUUCUGUUAGAUUUUGUAAUCACAUAUCUCAGAAAUGUAUGUAAACCUUAAAGUCUAGAUUGAAUGGAGAAGAAGAUAAAUUUGA